AGCCUUUGAUAUACCAGUCAUGGAGCACUGGCUGGAAUGAGAAAUAGUCCAAUGGACCCACUGACAGGGAUUGAUUCCAGACCAACUGCGCAUCAGGCAAGCAUUUUACCACUAGGGUAUGUCACACCCCUUAAAGGAGAAUGGAUAAAUCCUGUCAUUAAUCUGGGUACUUGACAAGCCUCAUUCUGAGGUGAAAAUUUCCACCAUUCUGAUGUUCUUUUUAUACACAACAUCACCGAAUUAUGAUCAAUUCUUACAAUCCAGUACCAUCUUGUGUCCAUAGAGAUCAAUGACCUGAUUAUCUCCCACAACUAGAAAAAUGACACACAUUGUGAGAAAUACCAUCUGUGUCUCUUCAGGCGUGCUAUCAACACUUAGUUACAUGUAACACUAAAUAUAAUAUCCAGUUAUCUACUAACAGCACAAACAUAUGUUUCUGACUUUCAAGAUGCAACUAUUAAUUGUCAUUUUUGGGAUCUUAGCUUUCGCUAAAGUGCAGACGGCUGAAGCCAGAUGUAUGACUGCCAGUGACUGUAACCCAGAUGAGUGUUGUGCUAAACAGACUGGACCGCUGAUCAUGAGCAAGAGGGACCAAAUGGAUUUAGGCCUGAUCCAACCAUCUGGUGACAUUUAUGGAACAUGUCGUAAAUAUAACUUGGAGGGAGAGCACUGUAAUAUUUUCGACAAGCCCAAUGGAUUCUGCGGCUGUGCUACAGGUCUGACAUGCAUUUAUGUGAGAACUGGCAUCAGAUCACCACCCGCCUUCCCGGGCUACUUCCACUGUGCAAGAAAAUAACUUGUACUUAAUAUGACAAAUGUCAACAAGAAAAGUAACUGUGUAACUGGAACGAAACUUGAAAAAGUAGUCUAGUGAACUUUUUUUUUGUUAUGUUGAUACUGAAAUGAUAAAUAUAUUGUUGGAAAAA